AUGGCCCCUAACUCUCUGCAAAUCCUCACGCUGUGGCUUGCACUCGCGUUAGCUGGCUUCGUCCAAGCGGCAGUGCCCAUUAUCCAGACCACUUCAGGCAAAAUACGAGGUAAAGCCGUCUCGAAUGCGACAAACGCAUACUUGGGCAUCCCAUUCGCUCAACCUCCCGUUGGACCUCUUCGUUUUCUGGCUCCAAAGCCACUUUUGACGCCCUCUGUCACCCGUAAUGCGACUGCGUUUGGGCUCUCAUGUAUUCAGCUCGGAGCCAACCCGCCAGACCCUUCUCCUGCCGGUGAAGACUGUCUUACAAUCAACGUUUGGACCUCACCGUCGGACUCGAGAAAGCUCAAGCCUGUCUUUGUCUGGGUUUACGGUCACGGCGGGCGGGUGAUUCUCUUAGACAAAUAUUGA